GUCAAAAACUUGUGAGAAAAACCAGAUUAUAGCAAUGGGUUCAGAGUGGUCUCUGUUAGGGUCAUUCACUGCAACAAUUAUGAUAGCAUACACUGUGUUUGACAAGUUCAUCCCAAACCAUAUCCGUUCUUAUGUACAAAUAUACGCUCACAAACUAAUAGGUUUUCUUUCUCCUUACAUCCAAAUCACCUUCCCUGAAUUCUCAGGUGAACGUCUCACACACAGUGAGCUUUUCACUGCCAUCCAAACUUACCUCGUUCAAAACUCUUCUCAACGUGCCAGAAAACUCAAAGCUGAGCCUGCCGCCGACAGCAACAGCCCCUUUCUUCUUUCCAUGGACGACAACGAAGAAAUCACAGAGAUUUUCCAAGGGGUGAAGCUCUGGUGGGGUUCUCACAAAAGCAUGAUCAAAACACAGUCCUUUUCGUUUUACCCUAGUUCUGAUGAGAAGAGGUUCUACACCCUCACCUUUCACAAGCGCCACAGAGACCUCGUUUCAACCACUUACAUCCCCCACGUGUUGGAACAAGGUAAAUCGCUCAAACUGAAGAAUCGGCAACUCAAGCUGUUCACCAACAAUUCUUACACCGGUUGGGGAGGGUAUAGAAAAUCGAAGUGGAGCCACGUUGUGUUUGAGCACCCUGCGAGGUUUGAAACCCUUGCUAUGGAGAAAGCGGCGAAGGAAGAGAUCAUAGAUGAUCUUCUGACCUUCAAGAAUGGAAAGGAGUAUUAUGACAAGAUAGGGAAGGCUUGGAAGCGUGGUUAUUUGCUGUAUGGCCCUCCGGGGACCGGAAAAUCUACCAUGAUUGCUGCUAUGGCUAAUUUUUUAUACUAUGAUGUUUAUGAUCUUGAGUUGACAGCAGUGAAGGAUAACACACAGUUAAGGUCACUGCUGAUUGAGACAACGAGUAAGUCUAUUAUUGUGAUUGAAGACAUCGAUUGCUCUAUUGAUCUUACUGGGAAGAGGGUGGUGAAAAAGGAGAAGGAAAAAAGUGAGGAUGCGAAGGAUCCUGUUAAGAAGGCCGAGGAAGAAGAUAACAAAGAGAGUAAGGUGACUUUGUCGGGUUUGUUGAAUUGCAUUGAUGGGAUUUGGUCAGGUUGUGCAGGAGAGAGGAUCAUUAUUUUUACUACAAACCAUGUGGACAAGCUUGAUCCUGCUCUGAUUAGAAGUGGAAGAAUGGACAAGAAAAUAGAGCUGUCUUAUUGUUGUUAUGAGGCUUUUAAGGUUCUUGCCAAGAAUUAUUUGGAUGUUGAUUAUCAUGGUUUGUUUUGUGUUGUUGAGGGGUUGCUGAAAGAGACCAAGAUGACACCUGCUGAUGUUGCUGAGAACAUGAUGCCUAAGUCCAAGAGGGAUGAUGUGGAGACAUGUUUGAAGAAGUUGAUUGAAUCUCUUAAGAAGGCAAAGAAGAAGGCUGAGGAAGAAGCACAAAAGAAGGCUGAGGAAGAAGAAGCUAGGUUGAAGAAGGAGGAGAAGGAAAAGGAGCAGGAGAAGCUAGCAGAAGUAAAGAGUGACGAGAAAGCUGGGAAAGAGGUGAAGGAGAAUGGAUCUGUCCAUUGAUUCGGGAACAAAUAUUAAAGAUUGAAGUUAAUAUGCAUGCAAUAUGCUUCUGCUGCAAUGUAGAUUCUAUUAGGAACAUGUGAUCUAUAUGUGAAUAAAUUAUUAAGUCUACUGGUAUGGUUUGCAUAAGGAUUUCGUUGUUGUAAAUUAUUUUAUGUAUACAUAUUAA